AUGGAUAGGAUAGAGUUCACUAAUCGAAGAUUAAGUGAUCAUAUAUUAUCAAUUGGUGUUGUUGGUGUUGGAGUUUUCAUAAGUGCAGUUUAUGAAAGUGUUAUUUUGGGUUUAAUAUUUUAUGCAUCAGUUUUGUUUGUAAUAUCAUAUACUUCAAGAAAUAAUAAUAGUAAUGAUAUAAUUGAUGUUACUGAAAAAGUAACUAAAAAGGUCGAAUCAAUUACAUCAAAAAUAACAGAGUCACCUUUAAAAAAUAACAAUAGUAAUAACAAGGCAACAAUUUCAGCCACUUUAUCAUCAACUACAACAACUACAGUCGAAUCAGUAAAAAAUUUAACUCCAUCUAAAAAUAGUGUUACACCAAUUGCUAAUAGAACUCCUCCACCACCACCAAAUAGACCUGCUCCAUCACCAAUUAGCACUCCUGUUAAAAAUCUAGCACAAUCAACUCCUACUUCACCAAUAACACCACAAGCUACUACUAAUUCAUACUCGGUUAGCGCACCCAAUACACCUACACCAACCCCAACUCCAACAAACUUCUCAUCGACCAAUACAACACCAUCAUCAUCGCCAAUAGCACCAAAGCCAAAUAUCCCAUCAUCCCCACCACAAUCUUUACCACCAUUACCACCAUUACCAUCAGUUAAAGUUAUUACAAAUAAUCAAACAAAGUCUGAAGCUAUAAUUGAAAAAGGUAAAAAGAUUGGUAAAAUUAUCCCACAAAUUCCGGGUGCUAUUACCGAUAUCAAAAAAGAAUUUAAAGAGACUAGCAAAGAUAAAAAGAGUAUUUCAACAUUAAGAGGUAUUAUUGGCGGAGUCUAUAAAAAUAUAUCAUCUCCACCACAAUUAUCAGCAGAGGAUAAAGAAAAAGAACUAAAAAGAAGAAAAGUUGCUGAGGAGAUUCUUCAAACCGAAAAAGUUUAUGUUGGAAAGUUAAAAGCUAUCAAUGAUGUAUAUUUAACUCCAUUAAAAGUUGCAGCCACUGAAAAUCCACACCCACCAUUAACACUAGAUCAAAUUCAUACAAUUUUCUCUGAAAUCCUUACAAUUUAUAAUUACAAUUCUCAUUUAUUACAUAAAUUAGAAGAAAGAAUUAAAGAUAGCUCAACCAUUUUAAAUAUUGGCGAGUUGUUUAUAUCAAUCACUGAUUUCUUAAAAUCAUACAAAGGUUAUAUCAAUAAUUAUCCAAAAGCAAUGCAAACCCUAGAAAAAGUUAAAAAGAAUCAAAAUGUUGAAUUAUUAUUACAAACCUUUCAAGCUAACCCAGCAUGUGAUAAUUUAGAUCUAAACUCACUUCUUAUCAUGCCAGUACAACGUAUCCCAAGAUAUAUCUUAUUAUUAUCAGAGAUUCUCAAAUAUACAGAUUCAAAGAAUUCAGAUUAUGACAGCUUAAAGAAAGCAUUAGAUAAAAUGAAGGAUUUGGCUAGCGAAAUUAAUGAAAACAAGAGGGAUUCGGAACUAUUAAGUAGAAUGUAUGAAAUUCAAAACUCUUUAGAAGGUUUCACACUUGGUGAUUUUAUACAUCCUUCAAGAAAAUUGGUAUUAGAUAAUGAAUUUUAUGAAAAGGUAUUUAAAACUAACAGCCCAGCUCCACCAAAGAGUUCAUCAUCUCCAAGAAGAUAUCUUUUAUGCAAUGAUAUCUUAUUACGUUGCAAGGUAAAAGGAAAAAAGCUUAUAGUAAUCGAAGUAUUUGAUAUCAACGAAAUUAUCUUCAAAGAAAUGGCUGGUGAAAAAUUAUCAAUUGUCUCUAAAAGCCAAACUGAUGUUAUUGUUUUAAAAUCCGUAGAUGAAAAUCAAGAAGAGAAAUGGUUAGACUCAAUCAAUCAUUGGAAAAAAAUUAAUCUUGAAAAUAAAAGUUCAUUCAAAAGAUUAAGUUCAAAAAAUGCUAAUUAUACAAAUAUUAAUUUCGAAGAAUAUACAAAUACUAGAAGUAUAGAUUUUGGUUUUGACUUGGUUGUUAGUGCCGCCAUUAUAGAUUGCGAAGAGCCAUCAAAAGAAAUAAGAGAGAGCUCUUUAUUUUUAACAUUAAAUACAAAAAGCUCAAUUAUAUGUGUUCUAGUAAACGAUAUAUACUCUUUUGUAAAAGAAUCAAAACAACCAGAUACUAUGAAUUAUGUAAAAAUUAUGGCAAAUAAAAAGAAAUCAAUUCAAAAAGCUUUAAAUCAUACAAAUAAAAUAAUAAAUAAUACUUUAAAAGAAAUAAUAUCAAUUGAAAAUCAAAUAAAAAUGCAGUAUAAAGAAAAUAAUCUAUAUCAAUAUAUUGAAAGAUUAAAUUCAGUAAUUUCAGCAACCAUUUAUUUGCAUCAAAAUCACAAAAGAUACAGUGUUCACAACAAAAACUAUAUCAAUAAAAAUAAUUAA